GACUUGGGCCUGAGGGAAAACUUUCUUUUUUUUAUCAAUCUAAUCAAUCAAAUCAAUCCUCUUGUCGGUCAUCUUAUCUCGGCGUGUGAUUAGACUUUCGAGAUGGCGUCAGAAUCAGCCGAUUUGGACAAGCCGAAGGUGGACGUGCUUGAGUCCAGUCGGGUUUAUCCAAGGACCAAGCAUGAGGAGGUGACGGUGCCGUUGUCGGUGGUGGAUGCAAUGGUUAUGCACUAUGGUCCGUCGUCGGCGGUUUGGUUCUUCGAGGGCGACGGACAGGAUGAUAUCGAGAAGGUGGUCGCGCAGUUGAAAGAGUCGCUACAAGUCACGCUGUCCGUCUUCCCUCACUUCGCUGGUCAUCUUAAGAUGGUGGAAUAUGAUCCGAAUGGCGAUCACACGAAGCGAUACGCCCGACUUGAAAUCACAUACGGCGCUGCGACCGACCCCGGCGUGCAAUUCAACACGGCCAAAUGCGACCAAAAGCUAGAUGAUCUUAUCCCCAGCCACGAGAAGCGACAGGAUCCCGCAAAUCGAGCCUGGGGUUCGUCUAGUGCCUACCCUGCCUUCUUUCUGCCGGACAUGUCCAAGCUUCCGUUUUUCAGAAACGCACCGAAAGGACCGACGCCGGCGGCGCUGGUUCAAGUCACGAAAUUCGCCUGCGGUGCGGUCGCGAUCGGUUUGAUGAUUACGCAUCCCCUGGCUGAUGCGCACACGCUGGCUAUGGUGGCCCAUCGCUGGUCAUAUGAUCAUACCGUGCUGUUCUGCGACGCAAGCUCCACGUUGUCCGAGACCGUUGUCUCCCCUCCUGCUCAACCUCUCUACGAACCCCAGCUGCUGGACAGAUGUGCACCAGGCGACAUCGACGGAACGACGCCGGACCCGUCGGUCCUGGAAAGAUCGCGCAGCUUACCCUCUCUGCGACACGAUAACCUGUGGCCCGCAGACGGUGAUGAUCCCGACCGCUUGCUUCCUCCGGGAUUGACUCGCGACAUGAUCACGUCCCCAGGCGUCAAACCGCCCAUGGAAGAUUGGGACUUCAACGCGCCUAUCUCGCAUGUUAAACUGCAUUUCACAUCGGCCGAGACGGAACGAAUUUGGCAAGCGGCCGGGAAAGGCGUAAGUCGACACGACGCAAUCCUCGCCCACGUGUGGCGAGCGGUGAACAAGGCGCGCGGAUGGAGCGAUGACGAUCGGAACGUCUCGCUGCAUGUUAUCUUUGGACUGAGGAAACGGCUCGGUCUGCCCAGUUCCUUCGUGGGAAGCCCUAUCCUCAGUACGACGAUCACGACGACAGGAAAGGAGGGAAGCGGCGGUCUGGCGGUGGGUGAUGUGGCACGAAAGAUCAACGGUACUUUGGCACUGUACACGAAGGAGGCGCUGCAGGCACGUAUCUAUGAUCUGUGCUUCGAAUCUGCGCCGCAGCGAUUCUGGGAAGGAUUCCUCGGCGCCCGGAAUAUGAUCUUCACCAGUUGGGCUCACUUGAAUCUGUAUGCGGUGGACUUUGGGGGCAGAUGGGGCAAGGCGCGGUUUGUCGAUAUCAAAAUGCCGGACUUGGAUGGGAUGAUCUGGUUGAUGGAAGGAAGGCCUGCGCUGGAGAAAGAUUCCGCAGGAGAAAGGCAUUGGUGCGAUGACGGAGUCGAUAUCUCGAUGAACAUUGGACGUGACGCUGCAGAGCGUUUGAAGGCCGAUUCGACAUUGUGGGCGUGGUAAGGAAUUUUGCGACGAAGAGCAAAACGACUGUUAAAUGAUUGGGAUCCGCUGGUUCUAGACCUAGAAGUGCCAUAAAUAAAUGGAAAACAAAAGCCAUCCAGCC